CCAUUGCGCUGAUACCGGCUGGCUGCGGUCUUGUCGGGUGCGCGGCGUUCCGCCUCAUAUCCUGGCCGUCCCCUGUCCGGUUCUCCGGCCCGGCCUCUGGCCCAUCCCCGGCCUGGUCUCCGCCCCGUCCACCCCCGUCCCCGCGGCGGCGCGCGCGGCCCGCUGGGCGGGGUUCCGGGGAUGAGGCGGCGGCGGCGGCGCGCGGAGACUAUGCUCGGCAGCUGAGGAGACGCGGCGCCCGGAGCGCGGCGCGACCCACGGGAUGGCUCAGCCGGCCGGCCCGGAGGGCGGCGAGGGGCCUCCGGACCCCGGGGCGGCCGCGGGCCCGCAGCACGCGCUGAGUCUGGAGGAAAUCCUGCGGCUCUACAAUCAGCCCAUCAACGAGGAGCAGGCGUGGGCCGUGUGCUACCAGUGCUGUGGCUCCCUGCGCGCCGCGGACGCCGGCCGCCGCCAGCCCCGCCGCCGGGUGCGCUCGGCCGCGCAGAUCCGCGUGUGGAGGGACGGCGCCGUUACCCUGGCGCCCGCCGCCGGCGACGCGGGAGAGCCGGCCGCCGCCGCGGGUAAAUUGGAAUAUUCACAUUGUACAGAAACAGAGAAGAGGCUAUUAUUCUUGGAUCUUGGUGGCAUGAUGCUUCAUUCCAGCCUGUGGGAUACCAAGGUUAUUGAAUCUUUGGGAAUUAUUAUUUAUAAGGCACUGGACUAUGGCUUGAAGGAGAAUGAAGAAAGGGAAUUAAGCCCUCCCCUGGAGCAGCUCAUCGAUCGCAUGGCCAACACGGUAGAGGUUGAUGGCAGCAAUGAUGAGGGCUACGAGGCUGCAGAUGAAGGUCUGGAGGAGGAGGAAGAUGAGAAGAGAAAAAUCUCAGCAAUCCGGUCCUAUAGAGAUGUCAUGAAGUUAUGUGCUGCUCAUCUCCCAACUGCAUCAGAGGCACCAAAUCAUUAUCAGGCAGUGUGUCGUGCACUGUUUGCAGAGACAAUGGAGCUGCAUACAUUUCUGACUAAAAUUAAGAGUGCAAAGGAGCCUGGCGAAGGUGCUCUCUGCGGUUAUUGCUGUUUUCCUGUAAGAACAAUCACCUGCAACAGACUGUCCUGGAACAUGGCUGACAAGAGUCCCUGGAGGAAAGUGCAGAAUCUGAAGAAGAUUCAAGAAAUGGAGAAGAGUAACGAAUCUAACACAGACCUGGAGGAGCUGAAAAACGCUGACUGGGCUCGAUUCUGGGUGCAGGUGAUGAGGGAUUUGCGGAAUGGAGUAAAACUCAAGAAGGUCCAAGAGCGGCAGUACAACCCUCUGCCCAUUGAAUAUCAGCUCACCCCUUAUGAGAUGCUAAUGGAUGACAUUCGAUCCAAAAGAUACACUCUGCGAAAAGUGAUGGUGAAUGGUGAUAUUCCCCCUCGGUUAAAAAAAAGUGCUCAUGAAAUCAUCCUGGACUUCAUCAGAUCAAGACCUCCUUUAAAUCCAGCCUCAGCCAGAAAACUGAAGCCUACUCCACCACGGCCACGGAGCCUCCAUGAAAGGAUCCUGGAAGAAAUCAAAGCAGAAAGAAAGCUGCGGCCCGUGUCACCAGAGGAAACCAGACGCGGCAGGUUAGAGGUAGCUACCCCUGAAUCUCCAAAGAAUGUCCUGGAAUCAUCGAUGGUGAAUGGAGGUUUAACGUCACAGUCAAGAGAAAAUGGGGCAGGUGCCGCACAGCAGGUGCCUGUGCAGCGGAAGAAACUCCUCAAAGCCCCAACUCUGGCCGAGCUGGACAGCUCUGACUCGGAGGAAGAAACUCUGCCCAGGUCAGCCAGCAGCAGUGCAUCUCCCUCCUUCCUUGAAGCUCCCUUUCUGGAGGCUGUGUCCACAAGGAAGAACCCUCCAAAGUUCUUGCCCAUAUCCUCCACACCCCAGCCAGAACGACGGCAGCCACCCCAGAGACGACAUUCCAUUGAAAAGGAAACACCCACUAACGUGAGACAGUUCCUGCCAGCGUCCAGGCAGAGCUCCCGGUCUCUCGUUCCUAGGAUAACCAGAGUAUGGCCAAGGACACCUUUCCGACCGCUUUUUUCUACCCUUCAAACAGCUUCUCUGCUCGGCUCUCACCCUUUGGAGGCAGCCUUGUUGGGGGUAGCAGGGGCUAUGUAUUAUCUGUGUGAGAGAGCUUUUACCAGCAGGUGGAAAUCCGCAAAGGAGGAAUUCUGCUACCCAGUGGAAUGCCUAGCACUUACUGUGGAGGAGGUGAUGCAUAUUCGUCAGGUCCUGGUGAAGGCAGAGCUGGAAAAAUACCAACAGUAUAAAGAUGUCUACACUGCUCUGAAAAAAGGAAAGCUCUGCUUUUGUUGCCGAACCAGGAGAUUUUCCUUCUUCACUUGGUCUUAUACCUGUCAGUUCUGUAAGAGGCCGGUGUGCUCACAGUGUUGCAAAAAGAUGCGGCUGCCCUCCAAGCCAUACUCCACCCUUCCUAUCUUUUCAUUGGGACCUUCUGCCUUGCAGAGAGGGGAAAGUUGUAUGAGGCCAGAAAAACCCUCCACUGGCCACCAUCGGCCACUUCGGAGCAUUGCCAGACUGUCCUCAAAAUCCAAGUCUGUGGACAAAUCAGAUGAAGAACUCCAAUUUCCCAAAGAGUUGAUGGAGGACUGGAGCACCAUGGAGGUGUGUGUAGACUGCAAAAAGUUCAUUUCAGAAAUCAUCAACUCAAGCCGGCAUAGCCUGGUGCUGGCCAACAAAAGAGCCCGAUUGAAAAGGAAAACGCAGUCUUUCUACGUGUCCUCAGCAGGCCCUUUGGAGUACUGCCCUUCAGAGAGGACCAUCAGUGAGGUCUGAGCCCCGUGCAUUCGUGUGCAGAGUCGCAUUCGCGAGAGAACACUGAGCGGGGCUGUCUUCUCGCCGCAGUUAACUGGUUCGGGUUUGCAUGAGAUCAGGGUUUUGCUGCAUCACACUGUUCCACAGACUGAACACUGUGUUCAUAUCAGCCAGUCCCUUGUCUGCACUGAGAGAGGACAGUAGUUUGAAAUUUGCUUCUCUGUGUGUGGGGAUUUGGAGGCCAGGAACUUUUUCCUUAGUUCAGUUCUCUACUGUCCCUCAAAUAAUUUUCUGACUGAGGCAGAAAGCUUCUGGUAUGAGAAAUCGGUCUAACAAACACAGGCGUCGAAGUCAGCACAGUCUAAGCAGUAAGUCAUAUUGGCAUUUCCACCUGACAGUGUUCCUACCUGAUGCACACAGAUCCCUGGAGGCUGGGACAGGCUGUUACCGUCUCACAGCACAGAACCUACAAGGAUUUGCUCAUGCUCUCAAACUGGUUUUAAAUUAUUGUUGCUCUGAGAUAAAGACUCGGGAGGGACUUUACUCCGUGCUCCAGUACAACGCAUCUGAAUAAGCUGUACGCUCAAGUGGGCGCCCAUGUCCUCCACGCUGUGUCUGUGCCUGGGCAGUGGGGCAGUGUCUCUUGAGGCAGGUGCAGGGCUUUCCUUAGCUUGAAUGUAUUAUGGUUACUAGUAGUUUUAUAUUGGAGGUCUAAGAUUUAAAGUUUUGUGGCGUUUGGGGACAAGGGCAGGCUAGAAGUUUGUCCAGAAGUUGAGUAUUUUUGGCCAAUAGGAGAAGGGCUGUGAGUGCGUCGGCCACGCCGCAGGGAACGAGCUGGAGCGCCCACAUUUCCAACCGCGGUUUUCAUAACUUUAGUCUCGCCAUCACGACUAAAUUAAGCCACAAUUUGGUACCUCAGUUCUCAAACUGAAAUUUAUUUUUAUAAAUGAAUUUUAAAAGAAAAAACAUGGUCUAGUUCAUUUAAAAUUAACCUGCUGAUAGGCUUUGUGGAUGCUUUUUGCACACGUUCUCCUUGUAAGUGACUUGAGUAGGACGGGUUUUGAUGAAGCCAGGUUGAGGCAGCACCGUACACCUGUCAUUUCUCGACUUGUGUGGCCCAUUCCGUGGCCGUCUUUAUGAUUUUGGUUCGCUCGGCAGACCAGCCACUCAAAUUGCCAGUCAUGUUUGGAAGCUCGGUUAAUGCACAUGCACAGCAGUUUCCUGAACGCUCUCUAGGACACGUCUGUCGUCAGCGCCGUGACAGCACCGCUCACCAAAAGGCAGGGCAGUCACACUUCACACCACCUCACAGUACAGGAACAUUUCUAUAGCGAAUUAACAGUAAUACCUCAGAACUGCCCUGGUAGUGGUUUUACGUAACUGAAAUUUAUAAAUUACUAAAUGGCUUAAAAUUACUUACACUUACAAAAUAAACUUUACCAAUUGACUGAAGUAAUGCAUGUUAACAGUUUGUCUGUAUUUGCAUGUAAAAGUGGGCCACCAGAGAACCCUUACUGAUUAUGGAAAUGUUUAAAGUUUUAAAGACUCUCACAUAAGAGCUUUAAACAUUAUAUUGAGUGAAUCUCAUUUAUAAAAUUUUGGCGUGAGCAGCUUCUAAACAACCACCAGGAAGGGUGCAAGGGAGAUGGGGUGGUGUUUGUAUCCAUGCACAGACCAGACCUAGGAGAGUGUGCUUUUUAAAAUAACGACUAGUUUACAGGUGUUAUUAAAACACAAGAAACUAAACCCCCCAAAUGAGAAUCCCGUCCACAUUCACAAGGCACAUAAAAUCUAGCACAUCUAGUCUUUGACUUCACUUCUCCAGGUUUGUGACACUGUGCAGGCUGUCUGGGCAUCGUGGGCGCCUCUUAGCAGAGCGUCCACAGCACUAACGGGCUUUGCCAAGUGUAUUGAAGAGGUCAAGUGGGUGGGAGGUCUCCGUGGGACAGUUUGCAGAAAGUAUGGUAGAAAAAGGCACAUGGAACAGCUAAUAUUGUAGAAAUCAAAUCAGCAUCACUAUCUGGUGCCAAAACAAAUUCUUGCACUUACCCCCUCCCUUAUCCACGGCAUGUAUCCCCAGCACCUCAACCAAAUCAGGUAACUUCCAGAGGGUCAUUCACUGCCAGCCUGUGGGGCAUGCGUUCAGUCCUCAGCCUCGUUUGACCUGAGGCCUAGCUUCCUUCCUCCCUUCCUACUGGGAUGACACACCUUCCCAGGCCGCCUCUUUGUCCUGGUUGUUGGCACUUACUUCUGGUCUGACAACAACAGCGUCAUUGGCUGGCUGGUCUCCUAGAGCCUGAUGUAUCCCAGCGGGGGGCUUCACUUUCGCCCUCUCCCUCCAGGCUCACACCCUCCCUUGCAUCCCCUGCCUCAUGAGCUCACCCUUCUCACAGCUGAACUUUCUAUCAGUUCAGGAUAGAUAAGAAAGCUUGUAAAUACUGUAAUAUAGUUAUUAAUAUUUGAAAGGCGUUCAUUCAGUGGACAAUGAGAAUUAACUCUCCCAAGGCAAGUAAAAGUUAAAUCAAGUAAUUGAUUUGUACAUCGACUUAACAGUCUUACUAGAUUUCAAGUCUUAAGCCUUUCAAAUUAAACCAGAAAGUUGUUAUGUAGUUUUUUAAAUGAUCUUACAUUUGAUGAGAUCCCAUGAACUCAUAAACUCACGUCAUGUGAUUAGCACCGUGAGCUCAUACCAUGAAUUUUUUAAGGCUUUUAUUUUUCUAACUGUAUUAAUAAAUGUUGGACUGAUUUUAGGUCUCACAUAGGAGACAUGAAAGUUUUAAAUUAUGUUGCUGUUUGCUAAAGCAAAAUAGCGGACAAUUUUGUACAUGGAAAACUGUUGAAGGGCCAUGGGGAAAUGUGUACACGUUGACCUGGCUUCCUGUGUGUAUAAAAGUCAAGGUACUGCUGGCAUUCAGCGUGACAUGACAGUACUAAACGUUUUCCAUUAAAGUCUUUUAUUUUAAAAUUUAUCGAGGGGAAAAUAAAUGACUUUCCAUCAUA